AUGCCCCACCUCCAUCCCAUCCUCCAACACUUCCUUCCGUCCUCCACCACCAACACCACCACCACCACCACCGCCGUCAUCGUCAUCCACUCCCACUGGGUCUACAACCCCCAAUCCACCUCCACCCUAAAAUAUACGGCCUUCUCCCCGUCCCAUGCCAAGAAUAGCUUCCGCAAGUCGAGACUCAGUCGAGAAGAUCGAUUGGGAGUUGGCUGGAAACUCAGAGUCAACUGUGCUGGAUGUUUUACACGGCUCCACUCUGACAGGUUAUUUGGGAACAUGGUGCGCCAAUGGUUUAGCGACUACCUGGCAGAGCGCCGGACUCGCCGAACCCGUCUGGUGACGAAGGAUGGGCACUGCAACAUAGAGUACGGCAACAUCAAAUACCAGAGCCAUUUCGCCUACGUUCUCGAUUUCUGGACGACCCUCGUGGAGAUCCGAUGGCGCUUCAUUCUUCUCUUCUUUGUGGCCUCCUUCACGUUGAGCUGGUUUAUCUUCGGUCUGAUCUGGUACUGGAUUGCGAGAGACAAUGGAGAUCUUACCUGGCAGAGCCCAGAAGAUGGUCACACGCCGUGUGUGGACAAUGUGUACGGUUUGACCACAGCCUUUCUGUACUCGCUUGAGACCCAGACAACCAUAGGUUAUGGUGGACGUGCCAUCACCCCUCAAUGUCCAGGAGCUGUUGCCUUAAUCAUUAUUCAGUCCAUCAUUGGUGGUCUCAUCAACUGCUUCUGGUGUGGAGUGGUUAUGACAAAGAUCGCUCUGCCCAAGAAGAGGGCCAAAACCAUACACUUCACUGAAGCAGCUGUUAUUUGCCCCAAAAAUGGUACACUUUGCCUUCAAAUCCGUGUGGCUAACCUUCGCAAGACCCUCAUGAUUGGAAGCCAGAUCUACGGCAAGUUGCUAAGGACAACCAUAACGCCUGAAGGAGAGGCCAUCAUUUUAGAUCAGGUCAACAUUGAAUUUGUUGUGGAUUCGGGAAAAGACAACUUGUUUUUUGUGUGUCCCUUGACUCUUUAUCAUGUUAUUGACAAGUCCAGUCCGUUCUUUGAGAUGGCAGUGGACACACUGCACCAACAGGAGUUUGAGCUUGUGGUCUUCCUAGAUGGCACAGCUGAGUCCACCAGUUCCGCCUGUCAGGUCCGGACUUCAUACAUCCCACAAGAGAUCAUGUGGGGCUACAAGUUCCAGUCCAUCAUCUCACGGAGCAAAGAAGGAAAGUACCGUGUGGACUUCUCCAAUUUUUCUAAAGUGGUGCCAGUACCCACUGCACACUGUGCCUACUGCUUUCACAAUGAGAAGGGCCAUCAUCACCACGACGUAAAUGGACAUGAUAACCAAGGAUUUGAGGUUAUAGACAUUAAUGAAUCUGCUAGUGCAACCAAAUUUUAA